AUGUGUUAUGGGUCCUUUGCCUAUACAAGGACCUUAGACCUUAGUGACUCGGCCAAGGCCUGUGCUGUCCUGAAGGCGGUGAGCCACCUACAAGACUUCCUCACAACAACAAUCCUUCUUUCUCCUUUCUUCUUUAGCGAUUCCUUCUUAGGAGGAACAAGUUUACUAUGCCUACAGCUGCCUGAGAGGAAAAGCCAGCCAGCAUAUGCUACCAUAGCUCUUGGCUUGCUAGAAAUCUGA